CAGAAGCUCAAAGGAUUAUAGUGGAAAAAGAAGUGACCAACCUCUAUAUAUUAGAGGCUAUCUCACAAGCUUGGGAGCAUAGGGAAGAUUUAUGAGCGAAGAGAUGGAGGGAGCGGAGCAGAAGGGAGACCAUGCCCUCCAAGAUGAAAAAAGAAAAGGAGGGAUAAGAACAAUGCCCUUCAUCUUUGCUAAUGAGAUUUCCGAGAAGUUGGCCGUCGUUGGCUUCCAGGCUAACAUGAUCAGUUACUUAACGCUACAGCUUCACAUGCCACUGGCCAAGGCUGCCACCACCCUCACAAACUUCGGCGGCACCGCCAGCUUGACACCGCUCAUUGGGGCCUUCCUCGCCGAUGCCUACGUCGGCCGCUUCUGGGCCGUCACCGUCUCCUCGAUCAUAUACCAAAUAUAUUAUUCUCUUUACAGGGAAUGAUUAGUCUGACGGUGUCGGCCAUCAUGCCGCAGUUCCGUCCGCCACCAUGCACUUCGAACCAAAAUUGCAUGGAGGCGUCGGCGUGGCAGCUCGCAGUGCUUUACGUAUCGCUCCUACUGACCGCGCUGGGCGCCGGUGGCAUCCGGGCCUGCGUGGUGGCCUUCGGGGCGGACCAGUUCGACGAAUCGGACCCCAAGGAGAAGACCAAGACGUGGAACUUCUUCAACUGGUACUACUUCUGCAUGGGCGUGUCGAUGCUCCUGGCAGUGACGGUGGUGGUGUACAUCCAGGACAACGUCGGAUGGGGUCUGGGUCUCGGCAUCCCGACCGUCGCCAUGGCGAUAUCGGUGGUCUCCUUCGUCUUAGGCUACAGGAUGUACCGCCGCUUGGAGCCGUCUGGUAGCCCUUUCACUAGGCUCGCGCAGGUUGUGGUCGCCGCCGUGAGGAAGAGGAAGCUGCCCAUGGUCUCCGAUCCUAGCUGCCUCUAUGUAAAUGAAGAGAUGGAUGCUCCCAUUUCUCUCUCAGGGAAGCUUGUGCACACCAAACAACUGAGAUUCUUGGACAAGGCUGCCAUUAUAACUGAAGAAGACCGGCGGCAGCCGAACCCAUGGCGGCUGAGCACCGUGCACCGGGUGGAGGAGCUCAAAUCGGUGAUCCGGAUGGCCCCCAUCUGGGCCGCCGGCAUCCUCGUCAUCACCGCCUCCACCCAGCAGUACACCUUCUCCCUCCAGCAGGCCCGCACCAUGGACCGCCGCUUCUCGCCGGCGUCCUCCUUCCGCAUCCCGCCGGGCUCCAUGACAGUCUUCACCAUGCUGGCCAUGCUCCUCACCAUCACCCUCUACGACCGCGCCCUCAUCCCUCUCGCCCGCCGCUUCACCGGCCUCGACCGCGGCAUCUCCUUCCUCCACCGCAUGGGCAUCGGCUUCGCCAUCUCCACCCUCGCCACCCUCGUCGCCGGCCUCGUCGAGGUCCGCCGCAAGGCGGCCGCAGCCGCCGCUGGCAUCCUCAACGACCCCUCCACCAUCGUCCCCAUCUCCGUCUUCUGGCUCGUUCCCCAGUAUGCGUUGCAUGGCGUCGCCGAGGCCUUCACCUCGAUCGGCCACCUCGAGUUCUUCUACGACCAGGCGCCCGAGAGCAUGCGGAGCACCGCCACGGCGCUCUUCUGGAUGUCGAUAUCGGUGGGGAGCUACGUCAGCACCAUGCUCGUCUCUGUGGUUCACCACUACAGCGCCGGCCCCGGGGGGUCCAACUGGCUGCCGGAUAACCUCAACAGAGGCAGGUUGGAGUAUUUUUAUUGGAUCAUCACGUUGCUUCAGCUGCUGAAUCUUGUGUACUACGCAAUAUGUGCCAAAUUCUAUACAUAUAAACCGUUGCAGCUCCGGCGACGAAAGGAGGAGGAAGCUGUCGAGCUCUCCAGCAAGGUUUAAUUCGAGGGUGGUGAUGGAAUCGUGUGAAUGGUUUCUGAUCUAUCUUCAUAUGGUCAUUCAUAUACCUCUUCUCAAGUCAGAUUGCGUUAACAAAUAAUGCAACUAUGUUUCAAAUCA